GGACGCAACACUACACUUCUAAGGCCACAAUCAAAACAGUGCAACUAACAAAGGAGCUGCGUCUUAAAUCUGCCAUGAUUCUAAAAAAGAACUUUACAUUCAUUUUAAUAAUUUGGGGCAAAUUAAAGAUGAGUUAAAUAUAUAAGGAAGUUGAAGGAGAUGAGAGGGGCUGUUCGCGGAGUUCCGCCCGGCGCGAGCCAACAGCAACACUGAACCCGGAAAUCAUGGGUUGAAAGAAACGCCCUGUAGGCGAUGCGGAGGAGGGAUCCCCAUAUUUCCUUAAGAACUGAGGGCAGAGCUGCCAGCCGUGCGCGGGACAGGAGUUUGCCGAGGGAAGCCGGACAAUGAGCGACAUGAAGGAGGCCGAGAGCGCGGGGGAGCUGAAGGGGGAGGAGGAGAAGGACUGGGCUGAGGCCAAGGCGUUCUUUGACAGCUUGAAGUCCAAAAAACCCAGACCUCCGAAGCCCCGCUACGCCGUCACCAUCGCCGUGUCCUCGCGCACGCUCUUCGACAUGACGAGCGAGCGGAAGAUCUUCAAGCAGCAGGGCCUCGAGAAGUACGUGGCGCACCAGCAGGAGCACGAGGACGAGCCGCUCAAACCCGGGGCCGCGUUCCCCUUCGUUAAGGCCGUGAUGUCAGUGAACGCCAGGCUGCGCGCGCUCUACCCCGACAGCGAGGAGCUCUUCGACAUCGUCCUCAUGACCAACAACCACGCACAGGUCGGGGUCCGACUCAUCAACAGCAUCAACCAUUAUGACUUAACGAUUGAGAGAUUCUGCAUGACGGGUGGUAAAAGCCCGAUUGGAUACCUGAAGGCAUACAUGACAAACCUCUACCUCUCAAAGGAUUCUAAAAAAGUCCAAGAGGCCAUUGGAGAAGGCAUUGCAGCAGCCAUCAUGUUCACUCCUGACAUGGAGGUGGAGCUGAGUGACACCCAGUUGCGUGUGGCCUUUGAUGGUGAUGCUGUGCUUUUCUCUGAUGAGUCUGAGAUCAUUGUGAAGCAGCAUGGCCUGGACACGUUCUUUGAACAUGAGAAACGGUUUGAGAACAAGCCACUGGCUCAGGGUCCACUGAAGUGCUUCCUGGAAGCACUGGGAAAACUUCAGCGCAAGUUCUAUGCCAAGAAUGAACGGCUCAAUUGCCCCAUUCGAACCUACUUGGUCACGGCCCGCAGUGCAGCGAGCUCUGGAGCUCGAGUCCUGAAGACAUUGAGGAGCUGGGGGCUGGAGAUUGACGAAGCCCUUUUCCUGGCCGGCGCCCCUAAGGGUCCGCUUCUGCAGAAGAUUCGUCCGCACAUAUUUUUUGAUGAUCAGAUGUUCCACAUCGAAGGAGCCAUGGAGCUGGGGACUAUCUCUGCACACGUACCAUAUGGGAUAGGACAGAAAUAUAACAGGGGGAAACUCAUUGAGGAGAACCCCCAGAAACAAUAACAUGUUAGGGCAUAGUGACACAAGAGGCUGGUAUUAGCCAUUGUACCAUUUGCAUAUAUUUUAGUGCAUAUGUAUCUGGUUUUGGUCUAGAGUUCUUUUGUCUUUUUUUCCAACUCCAAAAUAUUAAUUUGAGUUAUGGGAUAGGUAAGAGAUACUCCAAUUGAAAAUGUUGGUUUCACCAGAAGAGAAACAAAGAUUGUUUUAUAGUCCGGUAGACAAACAAAAUGAUAAAAUUUUAAAAGUAUUGAAGUGUUAAGGAUUGUCUUAAAUUGUGACUAUAACACUAGCUUAUGUAAGGCUUCGCCUGUGCAUAUCAGUGUUUUUAAGUUUACCAGCUAUGGUGUAACUAUUCCAAUGGAUUUUUCAUGAGAUAUUGAAAGUUAUUUUGUUUUCAUUCUCAGGAUUCACACAAUGGAUCUUGAACAUCAGCACAAUUUAAUGUUUUGAUAACUUGUAGUCUUUUAAAGUGAGAAUACAUUCCACACAUGUCUGUUCAAGUAAGUAACUUAAAGAAGGUAAUGUCAAAACAGAGACUCCAUUUGUUAUCUUUGAAACAUAAUUACUAGUUGUUUACAUAUGUUAGACUGUAUGGUUAUCUGCUUGAAAUUAGGGUUGGUUAAAUGUUUUAGACUACAAUAUGAACU